AUGGAGCGCCCUGCUCCGUGGCGGUGGCGCGCUGUGCCAUUGCUGAUUGUGCUUGUUGCAAGCAGCCAACUGUGGCACGCAGCAGUAUGCCAACAACCCAUCAAGAAGAAUCCGUCGAAAUCUGAUGCUCCACAUAAUCCGAUCCCAUUUACCCACCCCCCGGAGGCAGGGGAAAAAGGUGUUGAGACGAGUUCUACCGGGAAAGCAUGGUCGCAUGUACAGCAGGCAGCGGCUUCCACACCGCUAUCCGGCACUCCAUACAGUAAAACAGACCAUACCGUGGCUCAAGAUAAUGCAGGAAGCCCGCGCAGCUUGCGUGCGGCCUCAGCCGCAACUAACAGGACAACACCAGAGAGCCCAUUAAGUUCUGCCACGUUUUCGAGUGCUCCACAGAAUCCAUCCUCCAUGAUAAAGUCGGAAUCCGCAAGCAUACCUUCGGGCGAAAUCCCUGGCGAGACCGAUUCCCAUGAUCCUGUAAAUGGCAACCCUGCUGCGGUGUCUCCCAACGUUGCUCAGUUCGUCACCCUCACGUCUUUUAUAUUUUUAUCGGCUUGCGUGCUGCAGUUCAUUAUCUCGAAGGUCAACAACCGGAUACCUAUUUCAAUUGCGUGUUUCAUCUUCGGCAUGAUAACGUACGGAUUCACAGUCCUGUUGGAGCCCUACGGUCGUAGUGAUCCGCUGUCGCUAUCGAUAAAUGGUCUGAGGCACAUUGACAGCUCCAUCCUAUAUUACGCGGUGUUGCCCAUCCUGCUUUACGAGGCGACUCAGGAGAUCAACUGGUACGCAUUUUGCAGCUUCUUCCUCGGGGGUGUCAGUCUCGCGAUUAUUGGGGUGGUUCUGCAGGUCUGCUUAUUGGGCACGAUAUUCCACUAUGUGCUUAACAUAGCUCCAAAUCAGUCCGUGACGAUAAGCUUCCUUCUCGCUUCGAUUUUGAGUUCGACUGAUCCCGUGGCGGUGCUCGCAGUGCUUAGUGGUGUGAAGGCGCACCCGAAGCUGUCUUCAAUUUUCAAUGGCGAAUCGCUCAUAAACGACGGUUCAUCUAUGCUUUUGUUCCAAUUUUUUUACCUGCUACUGGUUGGGCAGCCCAGGCCGUUCUGGUACCAUGGUUUGGUGUUCUGCCAGCUGUUGUUGUUGAGCCCAUUGCUGGGGGUUCUUGUCGGCGUUGUUGUGGCUAUGUGGAUUAGUCACUUCCGCAAGCACCACAGUGCGCAAUGUAUUGCGGUCAUUACUUGCGGCCACCUGCUGUUUUUCCUCUCCGAAUACACGAUGAACCUUUCGGGUCCGCUUUCGCUCGUAUGCUACGGUAUAUUCAUUAAGGUGUACGGCGUGAUGGCUUUCGACCGUGAGGCUUUGGAGAAACACCACCACCUCGUGGAGGGUCUGUGUCUGAUGGCGAAUUCGGCCGUCUUUUUGAUCAGCGGCGCUCUGACCGUUGGAAUGCUUCGGUCGCAGUUUAGUCGUCCUAACGUCAUGCUGCUUUUGUGGAAGCUUUUUGGCAUGUACUUGUUGUUGAACUUGGCCAGGGCUUUGAUGAUCGUCGUGUUCAGCCCUUUGUUAUCGUACAUCGGUUACGGUGUGAACUGGAAAGAGACCAUUUUGGUUAUUUUGGGCGGACUCCGUGGCGCCCUUGUGUUGGUGCUAGGCCUGAGGCUCGAGAGCGAUACUCACACCCCUCAAGAAGUAAGCGACCUUCUGGCUUUCUACCUCGGGGGCAAUGUUAUGCUCAUUCUAUUGAUCCAGGGUUUGACUUUUGAGUUGGUGUAUCGGUGGCUGAGCCCGUAUCCGAUGAAGCCGUUCCGUCGUGUAUAUCUGGUUAAGGUUAUGAAUCUGAUCGACUACGAGUUCAACCUCGAGGUCGACUGGCUGCGCAACCACUGGCUAUUCAAGAACACCGACGCCGUGGAACGCGCUAGAACUUUGGUUCCGCUUAUGUCCACCAUCAGAUGGAACGCUACUGGCAACUUGGAGUUCGACGUCCCUGACAUUGACAAGCCUUUUGACGACUAUAUCCAGCCCGACCCAAUCGAGCUGCAUGUAUAUCAGGAGAACAUGCAGUUCGAGGCGAUGACGACGCUGCAUAGCUGCAAAAGUGUGCGCAGCCGUUCAUCAGCGGUCUCUGGCGCCGGGGAAAAGGCCGAUGUAGCCCAACCAGCAUCUGCUCCCGGGUCGGGGGACGCGCCCGGAGACAAAGCGCCUGAUAACUCGUGCGAUUGCUUAAAGUGCCCUGAAGAGCCGCCCACCCCGGCCGAAUCACGCUCAGACGAGCCAGAGGGUCCCGUGUCCACCGACAGGCCUUUGCUGGCAUACUCGAUCCUGAAGAACAAGGUCUCUAGUGACAAUGCGGCCUACGAUCCGAAGCGUUACCUGCGUUUGCUGGAGCACGCCAUGACCGACGAUAUGGGAGAGGCUCCGGAAAUGCACCGUCUGUCUUCAGACUUGCUGUCGGUACCGCGUCCUUCCAUGAAUCCUCCGGGCAUGCCCGCAUACGGAAGUCAAGAAGGCAUCAGCCCAUACGCGUGGGCUCAGCGCUCCGACACGGACGCGACCAUCAACUUGGACAACCUCUACCAGCGCCCUGUGCACAAGCGUUUCAUCACCAGCACCCUCGUGCCCCGGCUGAACAGCGACGACCGUAUUUUCGAGAAUUGCGAGCACGAGUCCGCAGAUGGCAACAUGCCGGGUACCCGCCGUGUGCUGCGAAAGGAGCGUGAGGGCGAGUUGUACAUCAUGAUUUUCAACGCGUUUUCUGACAUGUACAACAGACUGUACGAGUCUGCGCUGAUAGACGGGGGGUCGUUGCUGCUGCUACAGAAUGCGCUGGACAGGGCGCGGGACUUCGCUUUGAAGAAGAUGAAGAAGCGUGCGAUAGCUGCGUGGGAGGCGGUCCUCGCGUCCGAGCCGGGCCCCGAUUCAGGCCGCCCCGAACCCCCCGAGGGCGUGGAAUCUAUGAACGGCUUCGAGUUCGAGUGGUUCAUUUUGCACUCUAUGGUGGACAAGCGUAUGAGCCGCAUGGACAGCUGCCUCGGGUGGCACGUGCUGAACUUCUCGCAGCACAAUGUGGUGCAGUCGGUGCUCGAGCUUUUGGUUGCGUACAUCGACGUCCACCAGCACCUGCUCGACCGCGGCGGUCGCAACAUGGAGCUUUUGCUGGAGGGUAAGCUGAUAAACAGCUACCGCAGCCAGCUCGGACACGCGAAGCUCUAUAUCGCGACGCUGCGAAGCCGUUUCCCGCAGGACUUCAGCCACGGGUUGGUGACUAUGGCUGCGUGCAUGAUGCUGCGCAUAAAGCUCGAUGUGGUGAACGAGCAGUCUACGCAGGGUCUGCUGCUCGAGGAGGACCGUAGCCGUGUGGUUGAGGUGCUGGAGGAGCAGCUGUUCAACGUGGCGACGACAAACAACCGCAUCAACGUGUUCAAGAGACUGUUCAAACGCGCCUUCCAGGCGGUCACCUGCAGGCGCGGCCGGGGAUGCAACGGCACGUCACAGUGA